AUGGCCACCCAGUCACACGUGGAGAAGGAGGAGAAGCACCAGCAGGGCGAGGUGCCUGGAGGGCCGAAGAAUGAGGCCGCCCACGCCUCUGGCGACGAAUGUAGCCCGGGCAAUCACGAGCCUGCUGCCACGGUCCCCGCGGUCUCUAGCGAUGCGUCUCCAUCUGGCGUCCUGAGCAGCAGCCCAGCAGAUUCCGCCGCCGCCGCCGCCAUUUUAAUCGCCGACGAAGACCCGGGGCUGCCUUCCAUGGCCUGUGUGCAGGCGAAGAGGUGCUCUGAUCUCCAGGGCAGCCACAGUCCCCACGUAGACCUUCGAUGUGUGGUGUCCGAGACGGCUGGCCUGGCCGCUGUGGAGCCACCCCCGAAGGGCACGGGCCAGCCCGGCGGGCGCCCGGCCCAGACCAAGAGCCCCGGGAAGAACCGUCGUAGGAAGCAGCCCCGCCGUGACCAGGCUGCCCAGGCUCGGAAGUUUCCAGGGAGCCGUCUGUUUCCUGCGGCUCCCAGGCCUCAGUGUUCUGAGCCUCUGCCUCCAUCUUCUCCAAGGUCUCAGCCCAGCAGCAGCCGCCACUCCCAGGCUUCCAGGUGGAGUGACGCAUCGCGGCCAGGGCCUGCUCUCCGCAGUCAAGCAGCCAGGCCAGGCCCUGACCGCCACAGCCAAGCAUCUGAGCCAAGCCCUGGUCGCCGACGCCGAAGCUGCACCACCCUGCCAGGUCCUGCACUCCGCAGACGUGCCUCUGAUCCAGCUCCUGCCAUCCAAAGCCGCGCCACCCCGCCUGGCCCUGCUGUCCGACGCCGUACGUGUGCUCCAGGCCCUGCUCCCCGCAGCCAGGGCAGCCCUCCAGGCCCUGCUCGCCGCAGCCGCGCCAUCCUGCCAGACCCUGCUCUCAGCGGCAUUGCAUCCGGGCCAGGCCCUACCCGCCAAAGCCGCAGCACCCCGCCAGGCCGUGUCCUCCGCAGCAGCACAGCAAGAUCAAGCCCAAUAAUUCGCAGCACCAUCACGACGCCAGGCCCUGUUCUUCAGAGAUGUUCUGCCCGGCGAAGGUCAACCCUUCUCAGCCGCCGCGCUCUGCCUGGGUCAGCUGACGGGAAUUCUCGUUCUCCCCCUGGGUUUGCCUUACGAAGCCUUGUCUUUGGGAGCAAUAGAAGCUCUCCUGAUCCUGAGGUCCCAAGCCUUGCUUCCCAGCCUAGUUGGCAUGCAGUCCGUAUGCGUGCCUCCUCACCCUCGCCUCCCGGUAGGUUCUAUCCUAUUCUUAACCAGCGCGGUGAGAGCUGCUCCUCUUGCUCCAGCUCCUCUCCCCGUAGGUCUGUUGGCCUAAGCCCCUACUCUUCCCCCACUAAGUUUUCUGGCCAGAGUUCCUCCUCCUCUUCUUCUUCCCCUAAGUUUUUUGGCCUGAGCUCCAUCCCCACUCCUAGCCCUGAUAGCCUUAGGCGCGCCUUGCUGCCUGAGCUUGAUUCCCUGAGCUCUGUUUGUCCAGAGGAGCAGGCCGACUUAGGGAGCACACCUCACCCCCCUACACCGCCUGUGCUGUGA